AUGGGUUUUCUGCGAAGGUCUCGGCGCCGCCAAUGCCAGCGCUGCCCACCCCGCUUCUUAAGAUUUAGGUCUGCCUAUCUAUUGGUGUUUAUACCACCACCAAUAGUCUCUCAACCUUCUCAAGUACGACAGAACUACCACACUGACUGCGAGGCCGCUCUCAAUGGCCAUAUCCGGCUGCAGCUCUCCACCUCUUACAUCUACCUGUCUAUGAGCUUCUACUGUGAUCGUCAAGAUGUGGCCCUGGAGAACUUCGCAAGCUUCUUCCUGAACAAGUCGCACGAGUGUACUACAAAUGCUGAGAUGUUUCUGGCACUGCAAAACCAGCGUGGAGCUCGCAUUUCUCUCCGCACAAUCUUCAAGCCAGACCGUGAUGAAUGGAUCAGUGGCCUCUCAGCCAUGGAACAUGCUUUCCAGAUGGAGCUGACCCUCAACCAAAGCCUUGUGGCCCUGAGCCGGCUAGCCGCCAGAAGAAGCGAUGCCCAUCUGUGUAACUUCCUGCAGAACCACUUUCUGGGCAAGCAAGUGGAAGUUCUCAAGGAGAUGAGCAGCUACCUGAUCAACAUGCGCCAGAUGGGAUCUCCAGAAGUCGACAUGGUUGAGUAUCUCUUUGGAAAAAUUACCCUGGAUGACAACCACAAAGAGAACUGA